UUGAAUUUGUAGUUAAAAGAAGAGUUGGGAAACAAAAACGGGUUAUUAAUUAAGAAUCAAAAAUGCUAAAACCGAAAGUACUAACGCAAGUUUUAAGCCAAGCAAAUACCGGGGGCGUCGAAAAUACAUUGUUAGUAAACCAAGAAGGUUUAUUGCUGGCCUACAGCGGUUACGGCGACAAAGACGCUCGUGUUACAGCGGCGAUAGCGAGCAAUAUUUGGAGCAAAUACGAGAAGAAUGGCCGCAACGCGUUCCGCGAAGAACAACCCGAUAUUAUCCUGAUGGAAUUCCAGGAGGGCCGGAUUGCAAUCACACAGGUCGCAAAUGUGCUGCUGUGUUUGUAUGCCAAAAAUAACGUCGGUUUUGGCAUGUUGAAACAGAAAGCAAAUGCUUUGGCUACAUAUUUAGAAGAACCGCUUAAGCAAGUAGCCACUUCCUAACCCUAAGUCCAGUGAAAUUUAUUUUGAUCAACAUUAGUUAUUAAUUUCUUAUAAGUUUGUAUAUAUAGUAAGAAAUAAAACUUUCUAAAAC